AUGACAGUUUACGACGCAAUGAUUCCAUUCGAAAAUCUUCCCGAGCAUGAAUACAAGGUCUCAGAAAGGCCUUCGCUCCAUCUGGCAACCCCAGAAACAACUCCAAACAAAGCCCAAGACAACGACUUUAACUGGAACCAAUGGAAAGCAAACAUCAACCCAGCUUCACCAGAAUCCCUACCUUCUCUCGACCAUCCUUUAUCUCCAACCUCAGAGGAUUUUUCCCAACUACCCAAAUGUCGAAAAUGCGGCCUGACCACAAACCAACACAAAUUCGUCCAGGCAUAUAUCUGUGGCCACCUGUGCCGUGAUAUAGCGCAAGACCACUUCUGCCCGGACAUUGAUGCGCUCCAUCUCAACAGCAAAGACUGUCCCAUCCACAGUCCAAAGAAAACGCGCCUUACCCGCCGACGUUCCUCACUCUCGAAGCCGCCGAUGCUCGCUCGGGACGAGUCUACCUAUGAAGACCUGGACAAGGAACAGCUGUCGCUUAAGGUGUCGGAGCCACCUGUAGAUGUGAACGAGGUAGUACGGGGGGACACAACACCAAUCAAAAAUGAUCAGAGCAAAGCCUCCGGCAUACCAAUGUACCAUGUCUCCUACGAUGCCGGUGGCGAAGCUGACUGGCGAAAGCAUUGCCGCGUGGAGAAAGCCAUGCAGCGGAUGCUCUUUGGUGAUGCGAGGGUUUCAGCACACAUCAUGCUUGAACACACGCAGAGAAUUCGUGGCAACGAGACUAUCAGCACAGCUCAGGGCCAUCAUGGGGACAACGACGCUGGGCUUUAUCCUGCAACAACAGCAGCCGACAAGAUAGAUGCGAAGCAAGCUACCAACGAGAAGGGGAGCAGAGCGCAACUGUUGAAGAGAAGAACAAGGAGUUAA